UGCGUGUGUUGUGCACGGGGUGAUGUCAGUGGCAGCUGGGCUUGUGCAGUCAGUACUUCCUGUAUCAGGCAGGCUCGGUUAGCGGCAGGCUCCUGGGCUCCUCCUGACCCCAGCGAGCAGCUGGAUUGUCAAUUUCAGGUCUCCCAGGCACGGCUGCGUUGAGCUCUCCUCCCCAGCCGGCCCGCAACUCCUGAAGCUGGCGGACACCCCCGGACCGCGGAGCUGCAUGUGCCCGAGCCGCGCCGAGGGAGAAUGGCAGUCCUCAAACUCACCGACCAGCCACCACUGGUCCAAGCAAUUUUCAGCGGGGAUCCAGAGGAGAUACGGAUGUUGAUCUACAAAACUGAGGAUGUUAACGCUCUGGAUGGUGAAAAACGCACCCCGCUUCAUGUUGCGGCUUUUCUGGGAGAUGCAGAGAUCAUUGAGCUCCUCAUUUUGUCAGGGGCUCGUGUCAAUGCCAAGGACAAUAUGUGGCUGACCCCUCUUCAUCGGGCUGUUGCCUCAAGGAGCGAAGAAGCAGUGCAAGUAUUGAUUAAGCAUUCAGCGGAUGUUAAUGCUCGGGACAAGAACUGGCAGACACCGUUGCAUGUAGCAGCUGCAAACAAAGCAGUGAAGUGCGCAGAAGUAAUCAUUCCAAUGCUGAGCAGUGUCAAUGUCUCUGACAGAGGGGGGCGGACAGCGUUACACCAUGCAGCUCUGAAUGGCCACAUUGAGAUGGUGAACUUGCUUUUAGCCAAAGGGGCAAACAUCAAUGCUUUUGACAAAAAGGACAGGAGAGCUAUUCAUUGGGCAGCAUAUAUGGGCCACCUGGAAGUUGUUGCCUUGCUGAUUAACCAUGGUGCAGAGGUGACUUGUAAGGACAAAAAGGGUUAUACUCCACUUCAUGCUGCUGCAUCCAAUGGGCAGAUUAAUGUAGUGAAACACCUUCUUAAUCUAGGUGUAGAGAUUGAUGAAAUGAAUGUCUACGGAAAUACUGCGCUUCACAUUGCGUGUUAUAAUGGUCAGGAUUCUGUAGUUAAUGAGUUGAUUGACUAUGGUGCUAAUGUUAAUCAGCCUAAUAACAGUGGAUUUACCCCCUUGCAUUUUGCUGCUGCCUCCACUCAUGGAGCUUUGUGUCUUGAACUGCUAGUGAAUAAUGGAGCAGACGUUAAUAUUCAGAGUAAAGAUGGCAAGAGUCCACUGCACAUGACAGCUGUCCACGGGAGGUUCACACGGUCGCAAACCCUCAUUCAGAAUGGAGGUGAAAUUGACUGUGUUGAUAAGGAUGGCAACACCCCUCUGCAUGUGGCUGCGAGAUAUGGACAUGAGCUUUUGAUUAACACCCUAAUAACGAGCGGAGCUGAUGCUGCCAAGUGCGGUAUCAACAACAUGUUCCCCUUACAUUUAGCAGCACUAAAUGCUCACUCGGACUGCUGCAGGAAGUUGUUGUCAUCAGGACAAAAGUAUAGCAUAGUGUCCUUGUUUAGUAAUGAGCACGUGCUGUCUGCAGGCUUUGAAAUAGACACCCCAGAUAAUUUUGGAAGAACGUGCCUCCACGCUGCUGCUGCAGGAGGUAACGUUGAAUGUGUAAAACUCUUGCAGAGUAGUGGAGCAGAUUUUAAUAAAAAGGACAAAUGUGGGAGGACACCUUUGCACUAUGCAGCUGCGAAUUGUCAUUUCCACUGUAUUGAGACACUGGUGACCACAGGGGCAAAUAUUAAUGAAACGGAUGACUGGGGACGUACUGCUUUGCACUAUGCUGCUGCUUCGGACAUGGACAGAAAAAGAAAGAAUAUUUUAGGUAACUCCCAUGAAAAUGCCGAAGAACUUGAAAGAGCCAAUGAGAUGAAGGAAAAAGAAGCUGCAUUGUGUCUAGAGUUCCUGCUUCAAAAGGAUGCCAAUCCAUCGAUCCAAGACAAAGAAGGGUACAACACGGUGCACUAUGCUGCUGCUUAUGGCCAUAGACAGUGUUUGGAAUUGAUUGGAAGCAAAAGUCCAUUGGAGAUACUUCUGGAAAAAACCAGCAACAUUUUUGAUGAACCAGAUUCAGGAGCUACUAAAAGUCCUUUGCAUUUAGCUGCCUAUAAUGGUCAUCAUCAAGCCUUGGAGGUACUUCUUCAGUCUCUGGUAGACUUGGAUAUUAAGGAUGAGAAAGGACGCACUGCCUUGGACCUGGCUGCCUUUAAGGGACAUGCAGAAUGUGUUGAAGCUCUCAUCAGCCAGGGUGCUUCCAUCUUGGUAAAAGAUGACAUCACCAAAAGAACCCCGCUCCAUGCCUCAGUCAUCAACGGUCACACACCAUGUUUGCGGCUGUUGCUGGAAGUUGCAGACAACCCUGAUGUGACAGAUGCCAAAGGACAAACCCCACUGAUGCUAGCUGUGGCAUAUGGGCACAUUGAUGCUGUUUCCUUGUUACUUGAAAAAGAAGCAUCUGUAGAUGCAGCCGAUCUCCUGGGAUGCACAGCUUUACAUCGAGGGAUUAUGACUGGGCAUGAGGAAUGCGUUCAAAUGCUGUUGGAACAAGAAGUAUCUAUCUUGUGUAAAGACUCCAGAGGCAGGACACCUCUACAUUAUGCAGCAGCUCAUGGUCAUGCCACUUGGCUGAGUGAAUUACUGCAGAUGGCACUGUCAGAAGAGGACUGUAGUUUCAAAGAUAAUCAAGGUUAUACACCAUUGCACUGGGCUUGUUAUAAUGGUAAUGAAAACUGCAUAGAGGUACUAUUGGAACAGAAAUAUUUCCGCAAAUUUAAUGGUAACAAUUUCUCUCCAUUGCACUGUGCUGUGAUAAAUGAUCAUGAAAAUUGUGCUUCACUGCUCAUUGGGGCCAUAGAUGCCAGCAUUGUCAACUGUAAAGAUGACAAAGGAAGAACUCCACUGCAUGCGGCAGCCUUUGCCGAUCACGUGGAAUGCUUGCAGCUUCUUUUAAAUCACAAUGCACUGGUAAAUGCUGCAGAUAAUUCAGGGAAAACACCACUUAUGAUGGCAGCUGAAAAUGGACAUGCAGGUGCAGUAGAUUUUUUGGUGAACAGUGCCAAGGCUGAUCUGACUGUAAAGGAUAAGGACUUGAAUACACCCUUGCACUUGGCUAGCAGUAAAGGUCAUGAAAAAUGUGCCUUGUUAAUACUGGACAAGAUCCAAGAACAGAGCCUUAUUAAUGCAAAAAAUAAUGCAUUGCAGACACCCCUCCAUAUUGCUGCACGAAAUGGCCUAAAGAUGGUGGUUGAGGAGUUGCUGGCCAAGGGGGCGUGCGUACUAGCAGUAGAUGAAAAUGGUCAUACGCCAGCCCUGGCUUGCGCUCCUAACAAAGACGUGGCUGACUGCCUGGCACUCAUUUUGGCUACCAUGAUGCCUUUUUCUCCUUCCAGUUCAAUGAUGCCUUUCAACUUCGUUUGUUUUAAAAAAGACAAUUUAAGCAGGACACAUCUCUGCGAUGGCUCCAAUAUGGGCAGUAUUAACUCUUACAGUAAACCCUUGAGUAACAAUAUAGGAACAGAGGAUGGGUACAAUGAAAAUGAUUCCGAUUCUGAAACAUUUUGACUUUGGUAUUCAAAGCUUUUUCUUAAUUGCAUUUGGAGUUGUUUUUUUUUUUUUUUUAAAAAGCUUGAAUCCCACAUUAUAUUUUUAAAGUAUUAUUAUUGACCAAAACUUCCAGAAUUGGGCAUUGAAAGGAUUAGUAAAUAAUAAUUAAAAUAAUAAUUAAAAAUAAUCUAGUCUUUAAUAUAGAAGUUAGGGAUUUUCAUUUGAAUGAAUUCACAUUUAUGUUCUGUAGCUUCAAGUUUCACCGAGUUUUCUUUAGGCCUCAAGUGCUCCUGUGAAAGUUUCUAGCUCUUUUUUUAAGUAGAAAAAGAGAAAAUGCCUUUUUCUUUAUGACAGCACAAAUGAACAGGGAACUGUUGUGUAAAAUAUUCAUAUGCCCUAGCUGUAUAGUUGGUACACAGAUGGCUUUCCAAUGUGGCUUUCUUAGAUUCCAAGAAAGAACCCCAACCCUCUCCUCCUUGUUGUCUAUUUCCUAGUUAAUACAGGUUCUGUUGGGUAGAUAAUAGUUCGUUACACAAACCAAAGGUAAAGUUGUGCAUCUUUUUAAAGUACUGCCUGUAUUACCUUCUCUAAGGGAAAAAAACAUUUUACACUCUGCAUGUAUUAAGCACUUAAAUAUACAGAAGGCACUUUUUAAAGAUCUUAGAUACAGCACACAAUUAGAAUACUGAUAUAAAAAUUUAAGGCCAAAUCCUGCUUUUGUCUAUCAUACCAAUAUUUCACCACUUACAUCAGUGGAAUUACUUGUGUGAAGUCAGCAUGAGUCAGCUGUUGAUUUGCUUUUUCAGUUCAGCACAAACAUAUAUGGUUUAUUUGCACUACAGAACUAGGAUCAUUAGGAGCUUCUGUUACCUGAGCAAUUAACCACAAAUCUGGUAUCAGAAAAAAAAAUAAGUUGUUGAUUGUGAUGCAUCUAAAUUUUGUUGCCAAUUUAAACUGAUAUUUUUCAUUUUCUUUUCUAAACUUAUAUAGCUUGUUUUUACCAGGAACAUUAUCAGGGUUUAAAAUACUUUUGCCAAUAUUUGGGUUAAAAUGAAUAGAGCAAAGGUAAAUACAGAGCAAGUGAAAGCAUUACAUCAAAAGUGGACAUACCAAACAAACGCCAGUAAAUUUGAAAGCAUAUUAUGGAAAGGGAAUCAUGAUGUACUAGAACAGCCGAUUGAUACCAGCUUGCUUAAGCAACAUCAACAUUGUGAAUAUAUCUACUCCUUCUGCCAAAGCUUCUAGGUCAAAUGGACCCCGUUCCUCGUCUGGAACAGAUGCACAAAAGGAAGACUGAGCCUUUAAAAAAUAAACAAAUAAACUACCAUGAACUAACCAGCUCUAUACCACGAGGACCAAAAUGCUUCAGUAUUUAAAUGGAAGAUUUUAAUUUUUUUCAGAAUGCAAGUGACAGAAUGAAGUAAUUUUUCUAAACAAUAAAAAUGUAAACUUUUUGAGUAAUGAAUAGUCUGGAGUGUAUUUUACAUUUUAUGACACAAAUUUCUAGCUGACAGCUUGGCGUUUUUAACUGAUGAUGUGUUGACCACAGUUUAUUUUUUUCCAGACUAGAGAGAAUGUUCAUAUACUUUUAAUGUAAAUGUGUUUAUAUUUAUUCGAAAUGAAAUCAAUGCCCAGGAAAAAUAACUAUGGCUUGUUCUCCUUUUUUGUG